AUGGGGUCCGACAUCACCGCCGCCUUCUGGGCGAAAACCGACAAGUACCUGAUGUCCACGGGUGUCCCCUAUUCUCCCAUCAUCAUAACAAAGGCAAAAGGCACGAAGCUCUACGAUGAUGGGGGACGCCAGAUGUUGGAUUUUACAUCCGGCCAGAUGAGCUCUCUUCUGGGCCACUCUCACCCGGAAAUCGUCGAGGUCGUUCAGAAAUACGUUGCCGAGCUGGAUCAUCUGCUCAGCAACAUGAUCACGCAGCCAGUUGCAGAUCUUGCGGAGAGGUUAGGCAAACUGCUCCCCGCCCCCCUUGAGAAGUCCUUCUUCUUGAACACGGGCUCCGAGACAACAGAGGCAGCAAUCAAGAUGGCCAAGCUCCACACCGGGAAGUUCGAAAUCGUCGCCAUGUCGGCAAGCUACCACGGCCUCACCCAGGGUUCCGGCUCCGCUACCUAUUCCGCCGGUCGAAAGAACGGCGGGCCGGCCAUGCCCGGCCAACUCGCCUUCCCCGCGCCAUACGCCUAUCGCUCGGUCUUCCGGAAGCCCGAUGGCUCCUACGACUGGGAGACCGAGAUGGACUUCGGAUGGGCCAUGAUUGACAGACAGAGCGUCGGAUCCCUGGCGGCUUUCAUAAUGGAGCCCAUCCUGUCCACCGGUGGAAUCCUCGACCUCCCCAAAGGUUAUCUCAAGCGCCUCAGCGAGGAGUGCAAGAAGCGCGGCAUGCUGCUCAUCCUUGACGAGGCGCAAACAGGCGUCGGCCGCACUGGUAAGAUGUUCGCCUUUGAGCACGACGGCAUCGUGCCCGACAUCCUCGCCCUGUCAAAGACGCUCGGCUGCGGCCUGCCUUUGGCCUCGGUCAGCACCACCGCCAAAGUCGCGCAGGGAUGUAAAGAGGCCGGUUUCCUGUGGCUGACGACGCAUCUCAACGACCCUCUCACUGCCGCGGUCGGCAACAAAGUGCUCGAGAUAGUCGUGCGCGACAAUAUCUGCCAAAAGGCCACGGAGUGCGGUGAGCAGCUGCGCGCCGGUCUGCUGAAGCUCCAGGAGAAGUACUGGUGCAUCGGCGACGUCCGCGGACGCGGCCUUUUGCAGGGCAUCGAGAUCAUCUCCGACGCCAAGACGAAGGCGCCUGGGCCGGACCUCGGCCAGGCCGUCUCUGAUCGAGCGAUGGAGUUGGGUCUCUCCUGUAACGUUGUCAACUUGCCGGGAAUGGGCGGCGUGUUUCGGUUGGCGCCUCCGGUCACGGUGACUGCAGAUGAGAUCGAGGAGGGGCUGAGGUUACUGGAUGAGGCAUUCGGCUACGUUUUGGCGCAACGUGAAAAGACGGUCCCUAUUGUCUGA